AAUCAAAUGAAUUAAGGUUCAGAAUAAUAAUAAGAAACUGGAAAGGAUUAAGAGAUCAAUUAACUUAAGAUUGAAUUAUAAGAAUGUAAAGAAAGAGAAAAAAGAUUUAGAGAUCUUGCAUAACAUUUAACUUAAUUAGAGGGAAGGUAUUAAUAAUAAUUUGAUUAUAGAUAUAAUGAUUUAAAGGAUUAGAAAUGUUUAAGUGAAUAAUAGUUAAAAACAUAGAUUGAAUAAUAUUAAAAAAUGGUGAAGUUAUAAUAGAAGGAGAUAGAAAAUUUGAAAACUUAAGUUUAAGAAUUGGAGGAUGAACUUAAUGAGAAUGAAGAAUAAGAAAAGUAGACAAAAUAGAUAGUUGGUGAUGAAAGUGUUGUUAUAAACAAAUUGAAUAGUGAGAAAACAUUAUUAGGAGAAGAAGUGAAAGGAUUAAAAGAAACAAUAAAAUAGUAUUAAAUAAUAUGAUUGAGUUUAGAAUUAAAUAAGAGUAUGACAAUAUAUCAAAAGAUUAUUUUUCAUUGAGCAAGUAAACUGAUACAACAAAAGGUUAAUUUGCAUAAGUAUUUAAUAUAUUUAAUAUAUUUAAGAUUAAGGAAGAAUUGAUUUAAAAAAAUAAAGAAUUAAAACAUACAAGAAAAUAAUAUUAAGAAGCUUUGAAUUAUAUCAGUUAAUAAUAACCUAAUGGAUAAUUCCAUAAUCAUUCAGCAAUUAAUGAAUUAUCAUAGACAAAUUAAUAAUUAAUUACUUAAAAUUAAUAAUUAAAUAGAACAAUAUCAAAAUUAAAAGGAGAUUUAGAUGAUGUAAAGAAAGCUCAUUAAGAAGCAUUAAUUGAAGCUGAUAUGUUAAGUAGAAAUUUAGAAUAAUAAUAAUUGUUGUGUGAAUCUACAAAAAAUCAAAGAGAAGAUGUAACAAUUAAUAAAUAUUAUUAUUAGAUUUCAUAAGAAUUAGAGAGAGUUAUUAGAAUUGAAGAGUAAUAAUUUUAAUAAAGAAUUACAUUGUUAAGAUCUCUAAAAGAUGAACUUACAGAUACAAAAUAGAGAAGUUUAUUAAAUUUGAGAAGAUAUAAUUAUUGA